CAUCAAGCAACCCAAGCAGCAGUUUAUCAAAAGCACGUUGUACUGAACAAAGAAAUACGACAUGCGAGUAACCAUCUGACUUAAAAGAUUAGCUACGUGGCAUUUGGAAGAAGUCUUCAAAGAAAUAUAUAGGAAGCGAAUAUGUAAAACCUACACGGCAAAAUAUGGAAAAAUUAAGCUACGUGUAGUUAAGGGGCUUUAUCGUUUGGUUCAGUCGGGGAAAAAAGUCAGUAAUUUUUGGAGAGUCACGCACUGGUGAUAACUAAAGCAGUCGUAACGCGCCUUGAGGAAUAAGAGGUAAAAGGGUUGCCGCCAGAGGAGCCGCUGGCCGUGCAGCAAGUGUCCUGUUGUUGCGGCAGAGAAACCAUGCCCUUGAGAACGCGCAAUGGCAUGCGCUGAGACAAUGUACCCGGGCAGAUCCGAAAAUGCGGCACUGCGAUAAAUAUCAAGCCUGCCAUUCAUUGGUCUAGAGGAGCUUUUUGUGCAUCACUAUUUCAAUGCAAAAAAUGUUUGGUACAUGAUGUCUGGACCAGCAGCGCGAGGAUAUCUGAUGCUUUUAAGAGAUUACAACCGCUCCCAUGGGGGGAGCAUCAUGUUAAAUGGCUGCAGGGCAGUGCAUUAGCCAACAGCUAGAUUUGAACUCGGUGGAGAAGAUUUGAGAAGGAUCAGCAGUUUACUCAUGGCAAACAUGGCACAAACCAUGACACUUUUUUACUUUAAAAUGUUUACAUUUAAAUUUAAUUUUUCAUUUUGUUAUUAUCUCACUGUGACACUGGAAGGGAAAAUGAUCUUGUGUACUCAUGUGUUGUAAUGUUUUGUCGGCACCUUCAUAUGCAGCACUGUUGCCUGCAAGGCAACUGUUGCAUCAUAUGAUACAGGCCUAUACCAGCAUGCAAGGUAACCAUAGCCUGUGGAAAACACAACAAAUCAUAUGUGUUGUGAUUAUAUUUUAGUAGCUAGAUAAACAUUUAUCUGUUUACUAAAAUAAUAGGCUCAAAUACAAUACAGAGGAGAAGAUUGAACAGGUAGAGGCAUGCAAUUGUAUAGCAAUUGCACUGUCAAACAGGAUCUUCAGCAUGUCAGUGAAAUAUUUUGGAUGCUCAUUUUAUGGCUGAAACCUGUUUUAACAUAUUACUAACAGUUAGGUUAUGCUAAUUCAUUAUCAGAGUCAUCCAUCAAAAUUCUGCCAGAAGCUGUUUUGUACUCAUUUUGUUUUGUACAAGAGUUAUUUUCAAGCAUAUGCCAAGAAGUUAUAUCUACUGACAAGCAGGUAUCUAGUGAUAGUGUUCACUCAAAAAUUGUCUUUUACAGUUGUGAAAUUUUAAUAGCAUAUGAAUCAUUAAAAACAAUGGGGAAUAUAUUGAAAUGGCAAACCUCUUUAGAACUGAAGAAUAAUGAUUUGACUGACCCCCCCAGAGUCUACUAUGUAACAUUCCAUAUCUCCUUCUGUAAAAUAACAUUCAAUUCAGUAAUCGUUCCAUCACAUUCACAACUGCAACCUUUGAUCCACCAUCCUGUAGAUACUGAUGAAGCAGCUGUGCCAAGUAAAAUUUUCAUUUGCUGUAAGAACUUCCUCUUGAUCCAAAGGACAGGGGCAUCUCUCUGGCUAAAUGGCACCAUACAUGUCUGUAUGAGGGAGGAAGUGUUUGUUUCAAGAGAGAAUUAAAGAAAGGAAGAGCAUGGAUGUCCAUGCUUAUUAAGUGUGUGUGUUGCUGUGUGUUUGAGAGAGAGAGAGAGAAAGGGAGGAGAGAGAGAGAGAGAGAGAGAGAGAGAGAGGAGGAAGAAAAAACAGUGCUAGUCGUGGAAUUCUUUCAGUUGUAUAAUAGACUGCGCCAUGACCCUUGUUCAGUAUGCCAAAUGUUAAUCACUUUAACUGAAGUUUAGAAGACUCUUUUAAAGUUGUCUACUUUAAGUUUGUUUUUGUGUCUUAUGAAGACAAGUGCAUCUAAAGACCUGGAUGGGAUAACAGAUGGAAAUUGCCUGUGAGGAGCAGAGAGAUCCUUGAUAUGAUUUAGCUGCCCCAUUGUUUAUUCAGGUUGUGGUUAUGAGAGCAUUCUAAAAACAGGCCAUGGCACAGAGCAGGAAGAGGACAUGCUGACGAUCAGAAGGGCCGUUUUCACACUCAUACUGACAGUGUUGCUGUGGCUCUUUCUCAUCAGCUUUUGGCAUCAGUGCCACUUCAAGCCACUGUCUACACUUUGGAGGGAUCGCAACAAUGAGGUUGGAAAAAGCACCAAGAAUUGCACCGAGCUCAACGAUGACUGUGUCAUGAACAACAGCGUCGAACCAGGGGCAGUUGGGAAAGAGCAUACGUAUGGCCCAUCACAGCCCAACAUCCUACCCACCAUCUAUGUCAUAACCCCCACCUACAGCCGCCCCGUCCAGAAGGCGGAGCUGACCCGUUUGGCCAACACCCUUCUGCAUGUGCCCAACCUACACUGGAUCAUUGUGGAGGACUCUAUAAAUAAGACUCUCCUGGUGUCCAGGUUUUUGCAGGGCAUAGGCUUGAACUAUACUCACCUCAACGUGAAGACAACCCGGCGAGUGAGGAGAGCCAAGGUUCACCUGGUGCCCCGGGGCAUGGCGCAGAGGAACCUGGGCCUGCGCUGGCUCCGGGACACCUUUGGCCACAGUGCUGCUGACCACCAUGGCGUUGUCUAUUUUGGGGAUGAUGACAACACUUACAGCCUGGAGCUGUUUGAGGAGAUGCGCUCCACACGUAAGGUGUCCGUCUGGCCAGUUGCCUUCGUUGGGGGCCUUCGCUAUGAGUCGCCUAAAGUCAACAAGAUGGGCAAGGUGUAUGGGUGGAAGACGAAGUUUUCUCCCCGUCGACCCUUUGCUAUCGACAUGGCAGGGUUCGCGGUCAACCUCCAGCUCAUCCUCAGCAAACCUCAGGCCUACUUCAAGCUGAAGGGGGUCAAAACAGGGCACCUGGAAAGCAAGCUGCUGGCAGAGCUGGUCACCCUCAGUGACCUGGAACCUAAGGCUGCCAACUGCAAGAAGGUCCUUGUCUGGCACACUCGGACAGAGAAACCUAUACUGUUGAAUGAAGGGAAAAAGGGCUUCACUGAUUUAAAUGUGGAGGUUUGAUGCUCUGCUGGGGCUUGGCACAUUGCACCAGCAGCAAAUAAAAGAAACAAACUUGGUACCACAGCGUGCUUGAAUACCCCUAAGAUGACAUCUUCCUUCACUGCUUUCCUUCAUUUUGUUCACAGUAGUAGUAUAAAGAGCAUGUGACAAAGAACACACUGUAAUCACUUUCCUGAGCACACAGCCUUCUAAUACCACCACCAGCACGCAGCAUGUAGAUGGACAUGUCCCAGCCACCCCUGAGUGAGCACUGUGUUCUGUUUUUCACAGUCGAUUGCCAUUCGAUCAGCUUCACAAGAAAGAGUUCUUGGGUGGUGUGAAUCCUGCUCUAAGCAACAGAUCGAUUAACAUAGUGGACAUGAACCGCAUCCUCCUUCAGGACACACUGGGCUGAAAAUUGAAAGUUAAAUGUCAGUGUAAGAACCCAAGUUGAUUAGUGGCUGCACCAGCCCCUUCACAAUUUUACAGAGCACAUGUCAGCCAUUGUAUAGCACCCCUGGAGCCAAGAGGGUUAAGGGCCUUGCUCAAGGGCUCAACAGUGCCUGCAUGACAGAGCUAGGAUUUGAACCUACAACUUUCCACUUGCUAUCCACUAGACUGCCACGGCAACAGAAGGGAGCAACAUCAUUGAUAGAUUAUGGUCAGCGUCUAUGCCAGCUAGUCACUGUAGGCACACUGUGAAGUAAAUAUAGAAAUACUAUCUAUCUGUGGCCCUUUCAACCCUUAGUGGUUUCUGUGGUGUGCCAUUAGACUACACCUGCGUAACGCAAACAUGUUGUAGUAAGUGUGCAUGCGUGCAUGUGUGUGUGUCUUUCUCCAGUCUGGGGCAGUGUGUUGAGCCUCACAAGAACAAGAUCUGUCCCUAUGCACAAUAUUGACCAAAUUGAAAAAAAAAACCAUAUAUUGAUAUUGCAAUUAUGUCUUUCAAUACAUGAAAAUAAAUGAACAAACUCUUAAA